AUGUCUAAAACAGACUGCACGCAAAUUUCUGACGACAUUUUAGACAAAAAGUGGGUGAAUACUUUUCGAAAAGGGUACGUCUCAGUUAAAGGUGUUACACUUCCUUUGAGAUACAAGGAUUUAGCGGAGGAUAUAGAAAACCUCGAAGUUUAUGAUGACGACGUUUGGGUUUGCAGUUUUCCAAAGACUGGUACCACAUGGACUCAAGAAAUCGUGUGGCUAUUGUGCAACAAUCUGGAUUACGAAGGCGCUAAAGAGAACAUAGGAUCCAGAUUCCCCUUUUUAGAUUUCUCGUUUUUAUUUGACUACAGAGACAACAUGAUCAAAAAUUCAGAAUUCCAACCCCUAGAUUUUCAAAUUGACUCGUUAAAAUAUGUCGCAGAAUUAAAGCGACCCCGUCUUAUAAAGACUCAUCUUCCGUACUUUCUUUUACCUAGACAAAUACGAGAAGGGAUAAAAAAGCCGAAGAUCAUUUAUGUAUUCCGAAACCCAAAAGAUACCUGCAAUUCGUAUUAUCACCAUAGUCUUCUUCUUGAAGGAUUUACGGGAAGUUUAGAAGAAUUCUGUAAACUAUUUUUAGAAGGAAAAGUUCCUUUCGGACCAUACUGGACCAAUGUUAUCUCAUUUUGGGAGAACCGAAACAAAUCAAACAUUCUCAUAUUAAGAUUUGAAGAUCUUAAAAGAGAUUUAAGAAAAGUUGUUGAAACGGUUUGUACUUUUCUUAAAAAAAGCAUCCCAAACGAAGAACAAAUGAAGAAGUUUCUCGAACAUUUAAGCUUCGAAAAAAUGAAAACCAACACUUCUCUAAACUACGAAGAUGUAGUUGCAUUUAAUAAAAAGUUUGACUUAAUACAAUUCGAAGGGAGUUUUAUGAGGGGUGGAAAAGUCGGAGGUUACAAGGAAGCUCUAAGUCAAGAGUUUUUAAAUAAACUUGAUUCACUAAUUAAAAAGGCAACUGAAGGAACAGCAAUUAGUUUUGACUGAAAAAAUACUUCAUUAUAUCUUGUUUUUUUUUUGAAAAACAAAGGGUUAACGUAAAACAGAUCUUUUUAUUUUCGAAAAAACAAAAGAUUUACUCUUAAGAAUGAAAUGCUAAAUGCACCAAUGUAGUUUAAGUUGCCUAUACGCUAUAGACAUUUAACAUUAUUAUGUAGAAAUUGUUUGAAUCUUAAUCAUUCAAAAAAUCGUUUAUUUGGUUUUAUGUUUUAAAAUUACUAAUGUUUAAUGCUUUGUCUUUUGUAUAAGUAUAUAUUAUAACCGGAACAUUUAGAAAAUCAGGCAAUUGUUCUGUUUGUUAUUGUAGCCGUAAAUGCAAUCGUUCAACCACGUGUAUUGAAAUUUCAAAAUUUACAUUUUAUCUUCUUUUAUAAACCACAAUAUUAAUUUAAAAUCAAACCUAAUGCUGUGAAGCUACAUAAAAUUAUCUUAAAAACCACUUGCAAUCUAAACGACCUUUCAUUCACCUUGUUUUUGUUUGUUGGACUUGUGGUGCAGCCUUUUCUUCGCAUAACCUAAUAAAUAUUAGGUAUCGUUAUCAUUUUUACAAUAUCGCCGGGCAUA